AUGCGUCUCCAGUUUAACAAGCCAGAAGAUGCCACCGGAUCGGCUGCUCCAGCCAUUAUUAUCGGCCUUUUUGUGGCCUUUGGCGGCGUCCUUUUUGGAUAUGACACAGGCACUAUUAGCGGCAUCCUUGCCAUGAAGUACUGGCGCAGCCUCUUCUCCACCGGAUACGUAAACCCCGUUGACCACCUUCCGGAUGUCACUUCAAGUCAGUCAUCCAUGAUUGUGUCAUUAUUGUCGGCCGGAACCUUCUUCGGGGCACUGGCUGCCGCGCCUGCUGCCGAUUACUUUGGCCGUCGAAUUGCGAUGAUCAUUUAUACCGCCGUCUUUUGUUUCGGUGUUGUUCUACAGGUUGCGUCAACAGGGAUUCCGCUAUUUGUUGCAGGGCGCUUUUUUGCUGGAUUCGGAGUGGGAUUGCUGUCGGCAACCAUUCCGUUAUACCAAUCCGAAACUGCGCCAAAAUGGAUUCGCGGGGCAAUCGUCGGAUCCUACCAACUUGCCAUUACUAUUGGCCUCCUUCUGGCAGCCAUUGUCAACAACGCUACAAAGAACCGCGAUGACACCGGCUCGUAUCGAAUUCCCGUUGCUAUCCAAUUCGCUUGGGCGAUCAUUCUUGUCGUCGGCAUGCUAAUUCUCCCUGAGACCCCUCGAUUCUUAAUUAAAAUGGAUAAGAUGGAAGAGGCAGCGAAGGCGUUAUCACGUCUUCGCAGAAUUCCUAUCGACGAUCCAACCCUAACGGCAGAGCUGACCGAGAUCCGAGCCAAUCACGAAUACGAGCUGUCUCUUGGGAAGCCCUCUUAUUUUGAAAUUUUCCGUGGUUCUUUGGGCAAACGGCUUGCCACUGGCUGCGGGGUGCAGGCGCUGCAACAGCUUUCAGGAGUCAACUUCAUUUUUUAUUAUGGAACAUCCUUCUUCCAGAACUCGGGAAUCCAGAAUUCUUUUGUCAUUACUCUUAUUACUAGCAUUAUUAACGUGAUUUCGACGUUGCCCGGUUUGUAUAUGGUUGAGAAAUGGGGUCGGCGUCCACUCCUCCUGUUCGGCGCGGUGGGAAUGUGCACCAGCCAAUUGAUCGUGGCCAUCGUCGGCACUGCAGCUUCCUCUAUGGUGGCUAACAAGGUGCUCAUUGCAUUUGUCUGCACCUACAUCUUCUUCUUUGCCAGCUCCUGGGGGCCAGUAUCGUGGGUUGUCACCGGCGAACUCUACCCGCUCAAGGCCCGUGCCAAAUGCCUAUCAAUUACCACUGCUACGAAUUGGCUGCUGAACUGGGCCAUUGCUUAUGCCACCCCAUACAUGGUUAACGGUGGCGCAGGAAAUGCCGACCUCGGGUCGAAGGUGUUUUUCAUUUGGGGUGGCUUUUGUGGAGUAUGCUGUAUUUUUGUGUUCUUUUGCAUUUACGAGACCAAGGGUCUUACUCUGGAACAGGUGGACGAGCUAUAUGGCAAGGUCUCGGUGGCCUGGAAGUCUACGGACUUCGUGCCGUCUGUGAACUAUGCGGAUAUCCAGGAUGUCGCGGAAGGCAGCAAGGCAUCAACCUCGCUGGCUGAGCUCGAGGCUGGAGCUCAGGAGAAGCGCAGCAGCUUAGCCACUCACGUGGAGAGUGCCGAUGUCUGA